AUGGCCAAGAAGGACGUUGCUGCCAAGCCUAGCUCCUCUUCAGGGGGAAAGAAGGCCAAGAAGAAGUGGUCCGCCAAGAAGGUCAAGGACAAGGCCAACAAUAUGGUUGUUUUGGACAAGCCUACUUAUGAACGUUUGUUCAAGGAAGUACCUACUUACAAGCUCAUCAGUCAAUCUGUCUUGGUCGAUCGUCUCAAGUUGAAUGGGUCUCUUGCUCGUGUUGCUCUUAAGGAACUCACUGCUCAAGGUCUCAUCAAGCCUCUUACCAUUCAUCACGCUCAAGUUAUUUACACUCGUGCUACUGGUGAUGAAAAGGCUGCCAAGGCUAACGAUGAAGAAUAG